AUCAAAACGUUUCUUUAAUUACAGGUGCAAUGCUGAUGGCAAUCUACUUGAAUGGUAUAGAUGUGGAUGAGACGGCUUACCUUACUGAUGCCAUGAUCAGCUCAGGAUCAAAGCUGAGUUGGGAUCCAAAUUGGAAGGACUGCUUAGUUGACAAACACAGCACUGGAGGUAUCGGAGAUAAAAUUAGUCUUGUCCUGGCCCCUGCUCUUGCAGCCUGUGGCAUGAAGGUGCCAAUGAUGUCCGGCCGUUCUCUCGGUCACACUGGCGGAACCUUAAAUAAACUCGAAUCAAUCCCAGGGUUCUGUGUCAAUCAGUCGGAAGAGAAUUGUAGAAAGAUCUUGACUGAUGUGGGAUGUUGUAUCAUUAGUCAGAGCAAAGAGUUGGCUCCAGCUGACAAAAUCUUGUAUCAAUCUCGAGAUCAGACCAACACUGUUUCCGAAAUGGGGUUGAUUACAGGUUCCAUUAUAUCAAAGAAAGGAGUGGAGGGCAUCCAUGGACUUGUUUUGGAUGUUAAAUAUGGCAAAGCUGCUUUUAUGACCACUGAAGCAAAAGCUAAACAACUUGCAGAAAGAAUGGUGGAAACUUCCUGCAAAUUAGGAAUUAAAACAAGAGCUGUUCUAACUAAGAUGGAUUAUCCAUUAGGGAAAAUGGCCUCUAAUGGAACUCUGGAGAUGAUAGAGUCAGUUCAGUGCCUGAAGGGAAAUGGUCCAAAGGAUAUUAUGGAACUUGUAACUAAUCAAGGUGCUCAUCUUUUACUGAUGAUGAAGAAGGUGCAAAGUUUGGAAGAAGGACUGAAGAAAAUACAGGUGUCAAUAAAUGAUGGUACCGCUCUGAAGAAGUUCCAAGACAUGAUGGUGGCCCAGGGAGUUGAUAAUGCUAUUGCUCAUCAACUGUGUCAGUCUGAAGAUACCUGGCAGAUGUUUACUGAGCAAAACAGGACGGCUAAAUGCAUUACAGAAUUUAAAGUUGACAAAGACGGUUACGUCCAGGCCAUUGAUGCCCUGUGUUGCGGUAAGGUUAUAAUGAAUUUGGGUGCUAUGGAAGUGAGAGCAGAUGAAGAUUAUGGAAUUGGAAUGGAAUUCUGUGUGUCUGUUGGAGAUCCUGUUUCUAAAGGUCAAACCUGGGUAAAAGUUCACCACAACAAAUGCAGUGAUCGUGAGCUGACAAAUUUCAGUGAGGAAAUCCAGUCAGCACUAACAAUCGGCUGUGACAAGAUUCCUGAAGGUGACCUUAGAAGGAUCAAAGAAGUCAUCGUAAGCAAGUCAUCAUAACUUAAAUAGCAUGGCUUGAUUGGAAUUCAAAGACAGCUUGAUUAGAAUUCAUUGACAACAAAUUAUAUUAAAUAAAUAUAGAGAUACAUAUUAAAAAUAAAAAACCACCGACUAAAUUUAUAUUUUGUAAUAAUUAAAAAAUAACCCUUUUUAUAGACUUUUUUAUAGACAAAUUAUAAAGAUAUUUUAAAAUCUGA